AUGUCGGAAACUCUCACAUUUGGACCCGAAUGGUAAGACUAACGUAGUUUCUGGAAUUGACCAGCAUUUUGUUGAACAACUUUCUCCUGCUUAUUUUUAAUGUGAUCGUAGGUCAAGGUAAUAAUUAAUAGUUAAUUAUGCACUGUACUUUUACGUUUGUGAAAUAUUUUUGUUUAGACGCGUUUCUCUUAGAGUUCGCAUCAGCUGAUUUACAGAGUUUCGCGGUUUAAGGCUCAUGAUUAGUGUGAAAUCGCUUGUAAUCGCAUUUUGCAUUGCACGUGUAUGCCAGCAAGAAAUCAUUUAUUCCUUCAGUUCUACAAAUCUACGUCUUCAGUAAUGAUUGAGAAUUAAUUUAAUACUGGAACCAGAUGGCUCUGCUUCUGUAUUGUUUUGCGGUACAGCUGUUCAUUUUCUGUGGUCGAUUGUUCAGUUGUCACGUCCCAUGUACAGUUUGUACGUUUUUUAUAUAAACAUUAAAAACUUAUUAUUCACGUGUUCUUUUCAUAAUCUCUUAAUUCCUGAAGAUUGAUUACAAUGAUUUUAUUUUGAUAUCAAGCAAAAUAACACUGUUGAAAUUUUUUUCAUUUAUUUUUUUUGUGUUCCUUAUGACAAAAAUUUGCUGUAGUAUGUCCCCUAGUGAGAGUGUGUCGAGCUUUGAACUCUAUAAGGGCUGCUAAAUUAAUCUACUGAUCUCACGUUUUUUUGAAUUAACAGGCUUCGCAACUUGUCAAGCGGAAACAGUGUCACUUCCCCACCCCCCUCCCCUGGUCCCAAGUAUAAGCUUGCUGAACAUCGGUAUGGAAAGGAGGAGAUGCUAGCAUUGUUUAGUGAAGAUGUCAAGAUACCUGAAGAACUGGCAAUGUUUGAAUCAAUUUGUCGAUCAAGACCAGUUCUUCCUCUUGCAUUCCAGCCAUUGACUGAAGAAGAACAGGUAUAAUUAUCUGUUCUGUUAAAACUGUAUGACAGUCAAGUCUCUGUAAGGGAACCUAUGGGACCAGAACUCCAGGUGUCUGUUUUAGUGAGGCAUCUGUCCUAUUUGGGUGUCGGUUAAGGGACAGUUGACUGUAUAGCCAAUGAAUUACCAACUUUGCCUCAAGAGAAAACCAUAAUACUAGAUGUUGCCAGUCUGUUUGCUUUUUUUCAAAUAGAAAAGCAUGUCUUAUUUUCUUGUUGCUAAAAAGGUGUUACGGCUCAAGACUUUUUGUGGCAAUGUGCCAACUUGUUAGUGCUCAAAAGAGAUUUCUCAGCAUAGGUAAAUAAUAUAUUAGUAAUUUCUUUCUUCAAUUUUGUUGUUUUCAGCGGAACUCGGUCGGGUCUGUGAACAGCAAUGCAGUGUUGAAGUUGAUGGGGCGUGGUGGGGUGCGAGGUGGAGGUCCUCCCAGAGGGCCCGGCAGGGGAGGAUUAAGAGGUCAGUACAACUAUUACUAUUGGUUGAUAAUUGACAAAAGGAAAUUUGGUCAUCAUUUCUCAUGGCUUAAUAACAGUGAUCAGUGGUAUGAGAACUGUGCCACUGACUGUAUUUGCCAAUUUUUUAUUUUAGUUUUAGACUUGCACUGUAUUCUACUCCCUGACUCAUUAACUGACUAUAAAAUGGUGGUAGCACAAUUACUGUUAACCCAGCAGUUAACACUUUGGCCCACCAAUAAGGACAGAAACAUAUCAAGGUUAAGAUUCCCAACUGGACAGAGGUAACGCGGUUGGUGAUUUACAGGCAUGACUGAGGAGUUAAACUUGGAACUAUUGAGAACAAAUCCAAUUUGGUGUGGAUUAAAGUCAAGGCCUCCAGCACUCUAAUACUCUGACUGCUUGGCCACCUUGGGUUCUUCUAUUCUUAGAUUCUCUGUCAGUGUUUUUCAGGCAAACAACUAUCUAAGUAAACACAGUACCUUUUACUUGCAGCGAUUUACAUGCUAUUUAUAGCCGUUGUUCUAUUGCAAAUACAUUUUAAAUCUGUACAUUAACUAUAUAUGUCUUUUGUUACUAAGGUCGUGGCCGAGGUGAUGGAGGAUUCAUAAGGCAAACGUCUUAUGAAGAGACCAGAGCAGAGGGAGGUGGAGGCUUUGGUCGUGGCGUUGAUACUCGCAGGCAGGGAUGGAAUGAAACUGGGUGAGAGCACUGGAAAUAAGUUCUUGGGCAUUUAGAAUCGCAUUUAUGGCUAAAACAAAUGUCAGAUUCAAAUUUACACAUGCUAACCAACUGGGCUAAUCCUUCCUCCUAAGGACAAGUAGACAGAAACUAUGAAAACAUUCUUGUAGCUGAACCUGACAAUAAAACUAUCGGUCCAUUUAUUUUUUGUGUAGAUGUAGUGAAUGAUGAAUGACAAGUAUAGGGUCACUUGGCACAAACUGCAGGGUCCGAAAUUAACUUUUUAAAAUGGGCGCCAACUUGUGAGCAAGGAUAAAUUUUUGGUCGCCAGAGGGCAAAUUAUGGUCGCCAAAAAUUCCCCUUGGCGGCUUGGAAACUUUCAACUCGUAUUGAUCUUAGCUGUUGUAGAGGUAUAUUUACAGGAAGAUUAGUUUCACUUUUUAAUUGAAAAAAUAUCAGCAGGACAAAAAGACACUUGUUGGCAAAUAGAUUCAAGGUUUCAAUUCUUAAUCAUUUUCUCCAAACAUGAAAGCCUACAAUAACAACCAGCUUUACAAGUCGCCAGCUGGCGACCAGUCAUGAAAUUCUGGUCGCCAGAACUGAAUUUUUGGUCGCAUUGGCGACCAGGAAGGCGCAGUUGCGGACCCUGAACUGACAUUUGCCUUUGACCGUUAACAUGAUUUGAAGUCUCUCUGGUAUCUUUUCGUGGUGACAUAAAUAUCGUUAGUUGGAAAUUGUUAGGUUAAAGUGAAAUAGUCAGCUCUGAAAGAAAGUGAGAUUGCAGCUACAGAAUCAAAAAUGCCUUUUUGUUUGCAUUACAGUCGAGGAGGAUUUGAAAGAUCACCAAGCCUUAGAGAAACAGGUUUUGUACUUUUUUUAGUGUUUGAUAGCUCUAUUCUGAAGGGAACGUUGUGUUUCGGUGAAAGUUAAGAAGGAAAUGAAAUGUUAUGGAAAUCAAGAUAAAAUUUGUUUCAUUUUAUUUGAUCUAUCUUUCUGCCCAUACAGGUCCUUCUGGUCCAGGCAGAGGGGGUUAUGAUCCAUCUCGACCUCGCCUAUCCAGUGACACUUCAUGGGAAAGGCCUGAUAGACGAUCAGACAGUGGAAAUUGGAGAUCUGGCCCCGGUGGAGAGGAUGAUGAUGGGUGGAGGAUAUCGGGGCAACGGUCUGCUGACAGAUCUGAUAAAUGGAGAGGUACUCUCUGACUCUUUGUUACAUUCCUCACUGUCUACUCUAGGCUAAUCAGAGUCUGUCAGUGGUUUGUCCUUGGCCCUAUUUCUGUACAGUACAUGCAGUCAUUAACUUUCUUAUAACCUGCGACUCGGGUUUAGCUAGCAAGGGGCAGUCUUCUUUUAUUAAUGCAAACAAAAGUAACCGAGCACUCCAAGCUGCCACCAUUUUGGUCGCCAUGGUUAUUCAAAUUUUUUUGGCAACAAAAUUUCAGUGAAAGACACCAAUUUGGCGAUUUGUUUUUAUAAUUCACCUCUCAGACCUUGGCUUUUCUGGUUUUAAGCCUCGAGAUGUCAGCUCAGCCUCCAAAAAUAUUUUUGGGGGCAGCCAUUAUGAUUACUUCCAAAAUAACUUUUCAUGUAAUAUUCAACAUUUUUUCUGGAAACCCUUAAUUCUUAUUGUCUGUCUGGUGACCAUUCUGUGAUAUUAGGUCCUCAAAAGGUGGCCUUGAAAAAAAUUGAGCUUGGAGUACUGAUGUCUACUUUUGUCCCAAAGUGAAUCUCGUGUUACCUUCUUAUAACCAUGGCAUCAAUCAACUUUUAAGGUGGUACUACAAGAGGGAGGGCACCUUGGCGAGGAGGACCAGAUUCAUAUCGAGAUCGAAGUACUACAGAUGAUGAGUGGCAGACAGCGCGGGGCAGUCGACGUUCUUAUCAUGAACAUGAUGAUGUCAGGUGGAGCUCAUCAAAUGAACGACUUCCUGAAUGGAGUAAUGAUGAUAGCGAUGAUUUUGAUACCCCUGGUACUUUUGAUUCAUCUGGAGCAUUUGUUUCACACAAGGUUUGUUCUGCUUUUAGUCUCUGGAGCGUUGAUGACUUGUGUUAAGUUUGUGUUAACUCUCUCACUCCUAGGCCAAGUUAUGGCAAGGUUGUUUUUCAUGUUAACUUUAUUACUACACUUGAACGUGCUAUCUGUCCUCUCACUGCCUAAGAGAUAUUGGAAAACCUCAUCCAAUAAAAUUAAUGUUUAAAAUCUGUGGAUAAAUUAUAUGUUGUUACCAUUCAAAUACACUGUACAACACAUUUUGACUGAAAUUUUGUACGGUGCUAUAUUUAUUUCUUAGUAUUUAACAAAACCAAAUUUGAUUUAUUUAGGUUUGUUUUCCUUUGGUGACCAUUGUAGGAGUAAGAAGUAAAAACAUCCAUAUGCAAAUUCUCCAGAUUGACUUCCAUACUUUCCUUAAAGAAUUAGUCGAGAGAAUUUUGAUAAAUGGUCAAAGUAUUUUUCCUGUGGUGAUCAUUGAAUUAAUUCUCAUAACCAUUUCUAUUGGUUAUGUAUUGAUACAGUUAGGAGAAAACUGAUGUUGAUCACUCUUGGGACUUAAAGGGUUGACGGGGCUGUGUGUUCAAUUUACCAACUGGUCACAGUUAUAAGGAAUCAAAAUAAUACCAUAAAUCCCCUACUGAGCCCUCACUAUCACAUAAGCCCUCUCUCUCUAUUAAUUCCCCCCUUUUAAGAGGAAGAAAGUUAAUGAACCCCUCUCACUCUCUUUUUUAAUCCCACCCUCCCCUUCCCUUUCUCUUAUUAUCAUUCACUAAUAAAUGACAGACUGUAUUGGUCAAUCACCACUGUAAAACUUUAUGUGGACUGAUCCUGGAUGGCUUAUUCACCAAGGCUGCUGCCUAACGGGCGCCCGGUCGCCAGAGGCGCCCAAGGUAAGAGCAUGGGCGACCAAAUUUCGGUACAAGGAGCCCGCGCGGGCGCCUGACUUAACACACGGCAUUAGACUUAACCUCCUUGUACAUUAUAUUCCUUUAGCUGGAGUAGGACUUUAAACAGUGGAACUGUUGAUAUGGUUAGCGAUGAUGCGAUUAGGCAGUAUAAAAUUUCCACAAAUAAACCGUAAAUUAUGUAAACCUAACGUGUUCAACUGUGAAGCUUUGUCGAAACGAACGAAGCCAUCGUUUCCGAGUCCGGAUGGCAGUUGAAGACUGGGUCUGAGAUUUGACUUCCAAAUAUGGAAUAGCAAAAUUAUGGGCUGUUUGUUGCCUAUGUUGACAUUCGUGCAGUUCAUCGUUUGCUUUUUUCGUCGAUUUGAUAACUUUUUGUGGCGAGAAUGGGAAGCUAUCUUGCGUGCUAUCGACUGGACGUGCUUGAUGUUCGAUUUCAUGUACCAGUUUGCAACGUAUCAGCAUUUUCAAGAGACUUUAAAAACAACACGCCAGAGAACGCAGUAUGAUAUUUCAUAUUUGUAAUGUGAUGUCUUUACCUUGAAUAAAGAAAUUAAAGUAAUGAUCAACUUUGUGUUGGUUGUAUUUCUGCCUUGCUGCACGUGCUUAGCGCCCUUUCCCGCUAAAAUCGGCAAAGGUUCUGCUUUUCCCGCUAAAAUCGGCAAAGGUUCUUCUUUUCUCGCUAAAAUCGACAAAGGUUUCAGCAAUUUGUCUUAAGCCCAGUGACUACAAUGGAAUUCUCGCAACAGGUAAGCAAUGUUUAUUUCUUACGACUCCGUAUGUGAACAUUUAUAUUAAUAUUGUCCACCGCAGCUUGUGAGCGAGGUUUCAGCUCCAUGAACCGCACUAAAACUAUUCAGCGUUCAAGUCUUGCAACUAGGACACUGGACAACAACUUGCGUAUCUCAGUUAAGUACCACAGCCUGAACAAAUCAGAGAGAGUCAAGGCCUUCGCUCAAUCUGGGCACCUUGCCAAUGCAGUCAAGCAUUGGCGAGAAAACAGUGUCAGAGCCCGACGAGAGAACUGGGUGGACAAACAUCCAGAGGCUAGAACCUGGAGUUCUCUUAAGGGGACAAAACCAAAAGACUGAUGAACAUUGCUCAAUGCUGUGAUUUAAUUGUAAACUACACUGUGAAUUCAAAGGAUCUGUUUUGGACCCAAAAUUGGGAGUUUUUCCUUGAGUAAAAUACAGUACUAUUUGAGGGGCUAAUUAAGCUCUUCUAAAAUGGAGCUGUUUUGGACAACUCCGAGCUGUUUUGGAGAACUUAUAAGACUUAAGAAAAUGAUCUUUUGAAUUUACAAUGUAGUUACAUUGACAUAAAAUUCUUUUAUAGCACAGAAUCAGAUAGGAAAAUGUUAUUCAAUUUAAAUGAUUCCUCAAAUGUUUAGCACUUCAUUUAAUGAGAUCCAUCCAGGCUAAGGUUUACAUAAGGCACUUGAUGUUCUGUUCUGUUUUUCCUGUUCAUGUAUAAAAAAGGCAAGGAGAGGAUUGGUCUACUUUAGAAAGUUUUUGGAAGACUAGUUAAGUUGUCAUGUGGAACACAACUGUUACUGAACAAAUGUGAAAGUCAAGUAAAUAAUUCUGAGUUGAAAUUACCUACUGUUAUGUUAUUCUUUUAUUGUGAAAAUUGUGAAAAUUCCUUUUACACGCAAAUUAAGCCCCUCAAAUAUUUUUCCGGCUCAUGAAUGUGUAUAAGAAAGGUAAGAAGCAGUUUAAUUGUUACAUUUUAGAAAAUUCUUUGAAGGCUCUUCUAGGUCACAUUGAACACAACAGAUGUGGAAGUUAAUUGAAUAAAUUAAUAAAUGAAAGUAAAUAAUUCGGUUAAUUCUUGUUUACGUGUUAUUUAUUAGGCCCGGCGAAUUCUUAUUAAAGUGUGCAAGAACCUCUAUAACCUAUGUAAUGAUCUUGGAAAAACAAUACAUGGAUUUCAAACUGGGCUCCUAACAAUGUGGCUCGGGCUCCUAACUUUAAACUUUAGGAGCCCGAAGGGCUCCCUAAAAUUUUUCUUAGGCAGCAGCCUUGUUCACCAACUGGAAGUUCAGAUUUGUUUUCGAUCCUCAGCUGCAUGACCUCCAACUUCUUGUUCUUGAGCUUUUCCACUUUGCAUUCUAGUUCUUUAUGGAGAACUGUUACCAUUGCCUCUGAUAAAUUAAAUAAGCAACCCCAACUGGGGGCUUGACAGAGGAUUUACAGUAUCAAAAUGGUCCUUUUAAAACUUGGCCAAGUUGUAAGAUUUGUACUUUGUUAAACUGAUCUUGAUGGUUAUUCUUUACCGGCAGAAAGAAGAAAGAGACCAUAGUAAAAGUGACAGAAAAUCCGACGAAUUUAGAGAAAACACAGACAGACAUAAGAGAAGUCAAGUGAGUCUUUCUUGAAUGAGUUGUCACAAAAUUUUGGAACUUUUACAAAGUUCUUUCUUUGUUUGGUGUAUAGUGUUUCUCUUUUUUUAUGUGUUUUCAAUGUCAUGAAAGAUAUUGUUCAUCAUGGAUAAUGUGUAUAAUGGGCUUUGUUUGUCUUGCGAUUGUCACAUACUCUCUAGAUGUUACAGGUCAAAUUUAUAUUCAGGUCUUCAUCAGGUGAUAGUGUCAAUUUACUGAGUAGAACUAUUUGUACCUCCAUGGUUGUAUAAGAUUCCUUGUGAAUGCAACAAAGUUUACUUUGGUGAAAUGGGAAGGUGUAUGCAUGAACGGAUUAAGGAGCACUUUAGGGAUAUGUGGGUUUUGAGUACUCAAACUUCAGCUGUUUCUGAUUAUGCCAAUAUGACCGCGCAUUAUACACUCUGGGUCGAGGUUAAGUUUAUUGACCAAGACCCUCACUGAUACUCUCAUAGAGUUAAAGAGGCUAUUUACAUAAGACUUCACCUUAACAACAUCAACAGGGACUGUGGAAUUCAGAUUCCGGAAGUGUGGAUGCCUAUGAUCAGACAACAUAGCAGCCGAUCCCUACCACAAACGACUGCUGAGGGAACAGUUUCCUCCUCUAAUAAUACCAACAAUACUUUGGAUCAAAACCCACCAAACAUGAACAAGGCUCGUGAUACUCCAGUCACAAGCAACCAUGGUGGUACAAAUAGUUUUACUCAGUAAAUUGACACAAUCGCCUGAUGAAGACGUGCAGUACCUGGUCGAAACAUUGUGAUCAAUAUCUAUGUGACAAUCAUGAGACUAACAAUAAACCAAACCCUUUAAGUGUUGUCACUUUCUGGCUUGUUCUUUUUCCCCAGUCGGAAAGUGAUAGAUCGCAAAAUGAAGACGUAGAUGUGUGGAAAGAAGAUGAAGAAGAUGAUGAUAUAUUUUCAGAUACAGGUUUGAUGGAUGUUGUUUCAGCUUUGUGUCUUAAUCUUUCUUUUGCCUUUCAGCAUAGCUGUAAAAUGAAUUGGAUAAUACAGCAACUUUGUUUUAUUUGCUAAAAUUGAUUAGCUCAAAAUAUAAACAGAGACAUGCAAGUCAAUUUAAAAUAAGUUUUAUCACCUGUUUCUGCAGUUGUCAUUGGUUAUUGAUUAGAGGAAUGAUAAAUGAAAUAAUUAUGUUUUCAUCAAAGCUAGUGGUGAAAAAUAAUUUCUCACACACAACUGGGAGCCAUACCAGGCUUACCAUGCAGCCCAGCCUUUAUUUUAUCGACACCACAAAUCACUAGUGUAACAGCACAAGAAGAGAGGUAAUGAAACAGAUGACAUGAAACUAAACUGAGACUAGACAUAAGAAUAACCAGAACUAAGGUACUACUUGAAAUCCUACGACCCAGAAAACACAUGAAGGGCGGGUGGGUGGGGCAGGCCAGGCAAUGGUGGAAGGCAACAAAAACAACUGAACUCUAAAACACCGUGCGACCUGAAGACCCCUUGCACACUCAAACCCAUACUCCCUGCCCUGUGUGAGAAAAAUGUCUUCCGCUUGUUUCGUUCCCCAGCCAGCAGAAAACUACACUUAGUUACAUAGUUUAACAUGUUUGUACCUAUGGAAGCUAACCUCGUAUUAUGCAUGAUUUUUUCUUGUCUUAGGUACCAAAAAUAUCAACGAAGAAAGACCCUCAGAAACAACUCAAUCAUCAUCACAAAAAUCACCACCUGCAGAACCAAAAACACCUGACCCUUCUUUAUCUUCCAUUCCACUUGCUUCACAACCUCUCAGUUCCGUCUCACAGAGUAGGCAACCAACUUCAACACAAUCUCCCUCCCUUAACAAACCACAAUCAGUUGCUGAGCUCGCUCAGGCUCAUAUAUCACCUCAGCCGCAAGAAGAUGCAAAUGUCAAGAAAGAGGAGGAACCUAAUAUGGAGCAUUUUGCUCAAGCAGCUGAAAACUUAGUGGCAUCGUUAGAUGAUGAUGAUGAGGUGAUAAUUAUAGUGUGUUACUACCAUUAGCAAGGGAUGCAGUAGAACCUCUAGAAACAGCCUCCUUUCUAAAAUGGCCACCAUUUUGUACCGGAAUAUACAGUACAUUCACUAUGACUGCCAUGUAUUUGUUCCCCUGGUGGCUGACCUGCCCCCAGACCUUUUUACUGUCAUUAUUGUUAUCAUGUCUCCCUACCCUGCCGGAAGUUACAUGAGGUGGCUAUGAGGCUGGUGGAGUCCCAAACCGCUGCUGAUUGCAAUUCAUAACCUUGACAACCCUGAGAGUGGCAUCCACCCAGGCACCGUCACACUUACUGGGGGGGGUGGUGGGGGAAGGGGAGGGAUGAGAAAAAACACUUGCCAAGAAGGAGCCAUGGCAGGCCCAACAACACGUGAAUGUAAUGGCCUGACCUCAAGAGAAUGGUUGUAAAAGACCAUUGAGCCCCUGUGGUGUGAUUAGUGUGCCCCUGCAUAUCUGACAAGAUAGCUGGCCAGCCAUGUCUCGCAGUUAACCUAGCCUAAACUUCAUUUAGCCAAAUUUAACAAUUGCUGAAUUAAGUGGAGACUUGCACUCUUCAGUUGCACAAUGUUUUCAGCUAUUUUUGAAAGUGAUAGAAGGUUCAUAAUGUACUGUCUUGCACAUGUAUACUGUACACUCUAUAGAUCAGCUGGGUCAAAAAGGGUUGACAGGUAAAAGAAAGAUGGUAAAUUUUAUCCUUUGUAAAGAAAAUGUAAGCAUUGCAUGGAAAAAGAGAUGUAAGUGUCACCUGUUUAAUGUGAAAUAGGAACUAUGAAGUCAAUCUGAACUAGAAUAGAAUUCCCUUUGGUUUUCUAGGCACCUCUAUAAUGAGAUAGGUGUAGCAUUCAUUGUGUUAUGAGUAUAGGACUUGUCUAACCCCAGACACCAUUACUUUGGCUGGUUCAGCAUCUGAGCUCAAAUUUUGCAUGUGUGUGACCAUGAUGUUGAACUCAACAGGAGGACUUGCACACACAAACAAGCAAAUGUUGCCAAACACAGCCAAUCAACAUCAAGAAUUCCGCAGCUCUCCAACAACAGCAGAUGAAGUGCAGUGGAGUUAUACAGAUCCACAAGGGAAAGUUCAGGGUAAACAGUGGACUUUUAGGCAAAUUGUAAAAUAAUACUCUGUCUUUGGCCAAAUUGAUUUAUAAAGUGAUGAAUUUAUGAAUUUUGUGUGUUGAAACCAUGAAAAAAAGAAAUAAAUGCAAAGAAGAUCAUUGUAGUUAAGGAUGCAACUUUUUUAAAAUUUAAUUUUUUCCAGGAUUUCUCUGCUUAACUGCAUGAGUUGUUUUUUUUUUUGUCUUCUUUGCUUUUAGAAUAAAUAAUUUAAUUAGCCCCAGAGGAAUGCUUUGUGCUCUUAAUUCUUUUUCAAUGUUUUGGUGAUUUUUACUAAAAACACUUAAGAGCAUGAUAAGAGCUAAAAUUAUUCAUUCCUUUAAUCCUUUCCCUCCAGAAGAGGCCAAAGUCUGACUUAAACAAAUAUUUAUUGUAAAUUCACUAAAAAUGAUACCACAUGAAAGUACUGCAGCAAUAGAGAGUUAAUUUGAAUGAUCACUUCCCCUGGCCCAUAGGAUUUUGUCCAAAGACCCAGAAGUUAAAAUAUUUCUAAGUCCUUCAUUCAGUAUACAUAACUCCAUCCCUCAAUUUGAGCAUGAAAGGGUGAAUUUGCAAUCUUUGCUUUGGUUAUCAAUAGCUGCUAGACUACAAAGAACAUGUGCAUCUUCCUACAAUUGAGUGGAAUCUUGAGUUCUUUUUGGGAAUCAUAAAUGAACUGAAGAAUCAUUUCACCAUGGACAUAAAAUAGCUGACAUAAUUAUUUUCCACAGAAUGUUCUUAAUUUUUAUGUCUUUUUCUCUCUAAUAAACUAGUCAAUUCCCUUCAGAACUGUGAAUGGUGUAGCUAGCUGAAGUUGUCAUAAGCUAAGUUUAUGUAUUGGAUAUGUAUGUAUUUACUGAAAUUGCAUAUCGUCAUCCCUUCACAGGUCCAUUUUCCAACUCUGAGAUGGCAGAUUGGUUUAGUCAUGGUUACUUCACCAUGGGGCUGUUAGUCAAGAGAACAACAGAUGAGGCUUUUCAACCACUAGGUGAAGUUAUUAAACAGUGGGGCAGAGUUCCCUUUGUUCCUGGUCCUCAGCCUCCUCCAUUCAAGGUAUAAAAUCAUAGCUUAGAUCAGGAUGGUGUUUUUCCAUUUUCAUUGUGUCAUUUCCGAGUCUUAAACCAUGUGAACACUAAACCAUUUUGACCAGGAACACAUCCUGUUACUGUGCAUGUACCAUUUUUGAUUUUCUGUCAGGAUGUGGCAAAUUCAAAAGAUUCAAGUUGUGUCAAAGAACCUUCAAAAAUCUGUUUGCAUCGUGCACAGUUGAGUUUGAUACUGCAUCAAAGUUCCUCAGAAUAAUACAGAUCGAAGCUGUGUCGUUCCCAUUAAAUUUCGAUUUGUGUGAAAUUAAGAGUUUUUAAUGUUGCUUUCAUUGCUGUUGGCCAGAAAAGGUAAGCACUUUGAUGUCGGUUGAAGGUGAUAAAAUUUCGAGAAGUCUUCUUCCCUUGAGCCAAUUAGUAAAUAAGAUGAACUGUUUUUUCGAAAGUCAAAAAUACUACUUGAGAAUGUAAACAACAGAUCUCCGUCAGCAGUGCGGACCUCAAGGAAAUCUUGUUAUGUCAAUAUGACAGUUCUAUUGUUCUUUUAACAAACAAUAAAUAGAUGAUGUUCACUCGUGUGCAUAAUUGAGAUAGUGUCCCUUUAAGAUUGCUGUGGCAGAACAGUGACCACACCCUUAUCAGUACUAUCUACUUGAGGCUAAAAUAAUGUGCAGCUCAAAGACGAGGGCCCAAAAACUUGUAUGCUACAUGUGAUUGUACAGAAAUCUUCAUCUGUGUCUGAGAUCAUAUGCAUCACCAACUUUAAAAUGUGAUUGUUUGGUGAAAUGACUGGCAGGGUGUUCCAGAACACAUUCAGCGGCAGCAGCAGCAGAUGAUAGCACAGCAGCGGCAGUAUCAGCAUCUAAUGCAGCAGCACUAUCUUCAACAGCAGAUCUUUCAUCAGCAAGCACUUAUGAUGCAGGUAAAGACUGGUAGGAAAGUGCUGUCCACUAACCCAGGGCUAUUAGAAUGGCCAACCAUAGUUCAUUAACCAUUUUAGACAAAGAAAUUGAUAUUCGGUUUAUCUGGGGCUUCCUCUAGAAAUUAGUGCCAGUGAAGUGAAGUGAAGCAGUCUCUUGCCUUUUGGGCAAGUUAAUUUUCUUAUUGUUGUCUUAAUCGUACAGUAAGCCUUUGCUAAAAGUGAAACUCCAACUUGCUAAACCAGUCAAGAGUUGCAAAAUUUGCACCUGUGAGGGAAGAUCACUUCAAAAGGAAGUACAUAUAUAUGUGUACAUGUACUCUACCCUGACAUUGUUUGUCAAAAUCACCCGUUUAAGGUCCUCUAUCUGAUAUUAUGAUUUUCUUUUUACCCCUGCAGCAACAGCUUCAACACAACCAACAGCAAAUGCAACAAGUUCAACAGGCUCCCCAGCAUUCAUCUCAAAAUACAUCACUGGCCAGUCCACAGCACUCCCAACCACAAGCAACACAUAGGGGUACACUACCACAACAGCCUGCAAGACCUCAAACCAUAUCACCUCAUUCAGAGUCCAUUUGGGGUUCAAAUACACCAUCACAUGGAGGUCCAUGUAAGUGUUUCAGGGUGACUUUAGUUAGAGACCUUUAGAUUCUAUUGUGAGGAUGACUAUGAGGACAGGAUUUUCUCAAUACUAAGUUGAGCACAGGUGUAAACAAGCAUCAUUUUGGUUGGGAACUUGAUAGCUUUUGUCAUUCAACUACAGGUUUUAGUGAGAAUGUCGUAGUGGCAGAAACAAGUUAUCAAAUGUUAGAAGUUUUGUUAUUUUGUGAUCGGGAGAGGGCUUAACCUCCUUCAAUAAAAAUAAUUGUGAUAACCUUUCUGGUGAAAAAAGUACAUUGAAGAUUUCCAGUUGUCUGCCAGGGGUCUUAUUAGAAUUCAGGAAGAUCAAGUCCUUGUAGUCGUUCUCGUCAUUCUCAUCCUCAAAUCUAAAGGUCUCUACAUAUAACUGCAUUUGCCAAAGGGAGGUUGGUGUACCUGGUAUUUCUAAGGGUUUCUACUGGAGGCCUGACAACCCCUUACUAGACCUAGCACCACUUGGCUUAUGGCUGUUAAUGUCCAUAGCCCAGUCAGGACCCCCAAGACAAGGCUUGUAGUUGUGCAUAACACUUGCUAAGUAGUGGAUAACAUAAGUGUUAGGGUAGAGGAAGAAAGGCUACUCAACCAAACAGCACAAGAUCUUCAGUGAAGCUGCUUUGAGCUUGCUAUGACAUGACCGAAAAUAAGCCAUGCACUGAUACAGCGAUCACUUCUUCCACUGACCACAAUGUACACCGGGCUUGUUGUUAGUUGAAUGGGUUGUUCUUGAUGUUUAAACCAAGGAGGGCAAACAGACCACACCCAUUUUGCGCAGUAACAAAAAUUUUGCAUGGUAGUAUUUCCCAGAGUUAUGAACUGCUGUGUGCCGAGCUGCUUUGUAGAGUAAUAUGCAUAGUCAAAAUUAAGUUUUAUUUGCUCAUCCUUAGCUGUGAUUUCACCUGGUCCAUGGUCCCCUGUCACAAAAACUGCAAAUGCAAAAAGGUGGGAGACAGAGAACAGCCAACAGAAUGUACCAUCAUUUGAAGAGAUUCAAAGAAUGGAAGAAGAAAAGGAAAAACAAGCUAGAGUAAGAUUAAACUCAUUUCUUUGCUGAGGCAAAAUGUUUGAUGAAAUCAUUGUUGGAGUUUUUCUAAUUUGUAAUUAAUUAUUUUGUUUUGUUGUUUGGGCUUACCAUACUACAAAGAAAUGGUAUUUUUACUGAAGAAAAAUAAGCUCAGUCAUCCUCAACUCAGUCACAAACAACCUUAUGUAUAACUUACCACAGAAAAGCAAAAUCUUUUUCCAGUCCUGUAGCACUUUGCUAUAUUGGGUAUCCACUGCUUUAAACCCAGUUUUAAGGUGUGUGGUUAUAUAUUUCUUGCUUUUUCUUUUUUCUCCAAAGUUGUAAUAACUUGAACUUUGCGUCUUAGAUGGAAAUUGAAAGAAGAGAGGCGGAAGAAAGAGCACUAAGGUUAAAGCAGGAGGAGGAAGAGCGGCGGCGCCUGCAAGAGAUAGCCAUGCUUAAAAAACAAAAAGAAGAAGAGGAAAGGCGUCGGCAGGAAGAGGCAGAGAGAAGGAGAAAAGAACAGGAAGAACUCAAGAAGGUUGGUUGAGCUCUUAACUCUUAUGCCCCCAAUAUCCAAAUACAAAUUCUCCAAACUGAUCUUCAUACAUUUCCAUAAAGAAUAAGUUGAGAGAAUUUGAUAAAAGAUCAAAGCAUUUUCUCUUAGGUGAUCAUUUUGUUAAUUCUCGUAACCUUUUUUCUUGAUUAUUUAUUGACAUUGUUAGGAGAAUAUUGAUGUUGGUCACUCUUGAGAUUUAAGGGUUAACUUCUGCUUAAUGUUAAAGAGUUUCAGUCAUUCUGAUGUGGCUCGGUCAAUUAUUUGCUGAAGUCACCACUGAACACCUUAACCUAUACACAAAAUGCUCCUGUAGUGUGAUGAAAAAAAAGAAGUUAUGAAGUAGAUCUCAAACAAAUUUCAUCAUGGUGGGGUCAUCUACCAUAAUACUUUUUUUGGGUGAUUUUAGCAGAAUAAUAUUAGAACUGAGAAAGUUGGCCUAGUUUUUCAAGUUUUAAUCCAUCCUUGCUGUUGUAGCAACAGACAACAGAAAGCACUUUCAUUGCCUAAAUAACACAACUGGACCUUUCUUUGGAAUUCAGUUGAGGCAAAGACACAUUUUUGCUUUUUGAAACAAUAGAAAAAAUAGCUUGAUGUAGGCUGUUCAAGGUUGUUUAAGCUUCUAAUGUACACCGUACCCCCCAAAAGAAUUAAAUUUGUGAUGGAUACAAUUUCAAACACACACACACUCUCUCAAAGUCAAAUAUUAAUCCAAUUUGGGAUGCUCCAGGAAAAUAGAAAUGUUUCCAAUUCUACCAAAAAUUAUUUGUCCGGAACCAUCCUAAAUAAUUUGGGAUAUCUGAGAUGCUGAGUUUCAUUAUUUGGCAAAAUUUGGGAUAUCCAGGAAACAGUAAAAUUGCCAAUCGUCUGGGAUUUUCCAGACAUAUGACAACCAAACAUAACCCUUUAAACCGUAAGAUCAAAAUUUGAAUUCUCAUUUGUUGCCCCUAGUCAUUUCCUUCAGAAGUAGUGGGGAGAAGUUGAUAAAAUAUCAUGCAAAUUCACCCUGUGUGAUCAUGUCCGUAAUUCUCAUGACCACCCUGUUUUACAAAGCAUUGAUAUUACAAGGAGAAAUUUGAUGCUGAUCACUCUUAGGGUUUAAGGAUUAAGUUAGAUUUCAAAUUCAAAUACAAUUGCCCUCAAUUCUGUCAGAGGCAACAGGAAGAAGCAAGAAGGAAGCAAGAGGAGGAGAUAAGAAGGAAACAAGAACAACAAGAGGCUAUAAGGAAACAGGAACAACAACGACAGCAGCUGGAGUUACAGAAGCAGAAAGAAGAUCAGAGAAGGUUAAAUGAAUAUCGACAACAGCAACAACAGGCGCUGUUAAGACUCCAACAGCAACAACAUGAAUUGAUGAGGAAAAGAGAGAUGCAGCAGAAAGCUGAAUUACAGCAACAAGAAUUACAACAGAAGUUACAACAGAAGAGACAUGAGAGUCAAGUAUGAAAUAAUAAUAAUCAUCAUCAUCAUCAUCAUAAUAAUAAAAAUUUUUAAUGACAUCACAUAUUUUAUUUAUAACAUACUAUCUAUUAAAAUCCUAUUUACAAAUAAUUAUUAAUUCACUUAAAAAAAACUGUUUCGUCAAAACACUAUUUACAAUUCCUUUUGUUAAAAAAAACACAGUUUUGAUAAGAAAAAAAAUUCAUUUCAUGAAAUAAAAAUUUUUCAAAUUAAGAACAUUUCAUUUCAAUUAAAACAAUUACUGUCGAGUAAAAAAAAGAAGAAACUAUUUUCAAGGUCAAUUGCAUUCUUACUAAGAUAAUCACUAAAAAUAAUCACUAAAAAAAGAGGAAAAUUAAAUAGCGUUCACAAUGUGUUAAUGACUAAUAUUUGCCAUUUAAAAGUAAGGAAACACAUCAAUAAUAAUGAUGAUGAUAAUACUAAUAAUAAUAGUAAUAACAGCUCACUGUAGCAAAAUACAUAAAGCUAACUUAGUGUCUUGGUGCUUAUGUCAUCUUGGGGCUUUUUGAAAAGAUUAUGUAGGAUACUGUGCUUCGUUGUUUUAAAAACGUAAUUGUGUUUGCGUUCGUGAGGAAUGGUCGUUCAAAUAUCAUAUUACAGGAAACGUGCUCUGUCUUGACUUAUGAUAAUUCUCGAAUUGGUUUAGGCAAAUUAAUUUCUUUGCUAUUUCUAUCCAUUCGUAAUUUCUUUAUGUUAAUUGCUUUUUGUGUUGAUUGAGUUUUACUAUUAAUGAAUAUUUUUUAAUCGUUAGUAGUAUUCAAAAUGUUGAAAAUCACGAUGUGGGAAAAUGCAAACACGAAUCUGUCACUUUUACUAUGUAAACAUUCAAUUAAAAUGUCACAAAUUUGCAUAAUUUGAAAACAACGGGCAUUUUUAAAAUUUCAACUUAUGGUGAUUUCGCUACAACAUUUACAUGCUCAAUCUUGGCAAGAAAUUACAAUAGUGCCAGAAUCGUAUCUGUAAAAGUUUUAACUUUCCCUGUGGCUACCGAACCAAUCUUACGUGCUAUAAAGCUCUUAUAGCACGUAAAAAAAAGUGAAAAACAGUACACGUGCCGAUUAGAAUCCGCCACAUAACGUGACUGCAUUGAAGAACUAUUUUUUUUUGAAAGCACGUGGUUUUUGUACAGACUAUUCAUUGCCAGUUUUUUCAUGUCCUCUCAGAGGACUAUUUUUUAAGUGACGUUCUUUCAUUGAAGCAUAUACGAUCACGUUAUCAGAUGACUGGUGGGUCAUUGUGGGGUGCCUCAGCUCCAGUAUCAAGUGCCAUGUCACUAGCAGAGAUUCAACAACAAGAGGAAAGAGAGCGGAAACAGAGAGAAAUUCAACUGCAUCAACAGCUGCAAGCUCAACAGCGUGAACAGCAGGCACGUGGAACCCCCGGCUGGGCAGACAGGCCACCGGCAGCAACCCAGCCAGUGAAGUCUUUAAUACAGAUUCAACAGGAACAGGCUCGACAACUUGACAAGAGACAGCAGCCGCAGGGACAAGCACUGUCAAGAUCACAGGUGGGUUGGAGUUUUACUAUUUUAUCCCUCAAUUCGUUUUUAGACGUCAUAGAACUGGGCUGCCAAGCUCUCUAAAAAUAUAGGCAUUUUUUGGCACCCUUCUAGUUAGGAUUUUGCUCAACACUUUUUGCUUAACAGGGAGCGAUGGUGGCGCAGUGGUGAGAGCACUGGCUUCCCACCAGUGUUGCCCAGGUUCAAGUCUCGGUAUCAACACCAUAUGUGGGCUGAGUUUGUUGUUGGUUCUCUCCUUUGCUCCGAGGAGUUUUUUUUCCCGGUACUCCACUUUCCCCCUUCCUUAAAAACCAACACUUUUAAAUUUCAAUUCGAUACGGAAAGCACGGACAAGUUUAAACGAGUUCUUAAGAAGUCCUAAAUGCUUUGUAGGUGAACAAACUCACUCUCCCAGAGUGAAUGAAUCAAGCUUAAAGCUCGUGAGACUGGAGAAAGUGAUCAAAAAAGUCUUGAUUGUUACCGAUUUUUAGCAUUACCAAAGCAAAGCUAUGGAGAACGGUGGAGAAUAUACAUGCUGAUAUUAGGUCUUGUUUACUUACUUCUACAGCCAAGUCAUAACCCUCUCAGUUCAUCAGUUUGGGGCAACACUGGGACCUCACUAGCAGCAUCAUGGGGACCGGCUGCUAACUCAGCAAAUAUCUGGGGUGCAGCACCAUCCAAACCACCUCAACAGUCUUAUGUGGACGAUGAUGAUGAUGAUGAUGAUGACGAUGAUGACGAUGAUGAUAGUGUUGAUGAAGGUUCAUUCUGGGAUGAUGCUGUCAAAGCGGCGAGUAAGAGCCGACAGCAGCAGAGACAGCCACAGCCACAGCCACUGACACAGCAGCGACAGCAUCAGCAACCAAGGUAAAUAGUAUUCCCCGCAGCAGUUAUCGCAGGCUAUGUUAGAAGAACCUAUUAACCGGAGGAAACGAUUGUGCUGUAGUUUUCCAAAGUCACGCUUUGCACCCUCAAGGCUAAGUUCCAAGUUUCUAACUUAGUAUCACAGAACUGGAGUAGUUUUAAAUGACUACCUUUUGCUUCAUAAAACAAAAACGGUUUUUAUCCGUGCGUUUAAACUGAGCUAACUCGCUAACAUUUCUAAUUCUCCCCACUUUUCAGACAACAAUCUUCCAACAAAAUGGUAGAGAAACGAACAAACCGAGACGAGGUAAGUGACGUCACCUUUAAUACUCAGCAAAAUACUCAGACACUCAACUGACACGACUCAAAUGUCUGUAGGGAACUGAAUGUGUGUGCGUAUUCAUUAGCAACGGAGUCCGAGUCGGAUUCGUAAUCAGAGUGUAGAACUUAACGAUCUAGUGAAAACAGCGUUCUGAUUCCGCUUACGACUCCGUCGUGUACGAUCAAGUAAAAACUAGAUUGUCGGAGUCACAAGCAGAAGCGGAAGAACUAAACUAAUCACAGAGCGUGGGAACGUGCAUUGUGAUUGGUUUAUCGUUCCGCUUCUGCUGGGUGAUUUAUUGACCCUUUACCGCUGGGGGGUGGGGGUGGGGAAAGGAGAAAAUAGAGUUUCUUUUUCUUCUUUCUUUUCUCGCGCUCCGCGCUCGCUUCUGCAAAAGUUGAUCAGGAAAAAAAAAACAGGUUUGUAGAAAGGCUAUGUCGAUACGGGAAGGUCCAACGGCAGCUUGCGAUAGGCAAAACCUUGCUGGAGGGUGGCGGCACUUUUGAUCAUCAAGUAAAGAUCGCACUUUUCUGACUUUCUUUUGCCAGUAGUUUGGUUAAUCGUCUUCCUUUUCUUUGCAGGAAAAUCUUCGGAGACUCUUUCAACCGCAAUCAAGUGUGGAUGAAUUUUCUCAGUGGUGUUACCAGUCUCUUCGAAGUUUAAAUAGCGCUUCUACUAUAGAUAGUAAGUCUCUUCCGCCAUAAGGUUGUGCUGCCUCGUCCCAGGGCUUUUCGCAUUUUCUAAGGGAUCAACGUCUCAACGAUAAUGUCGCCGAUUGUUACGGUGGCCCACAACUGUCACGGCAAAACCAGAAACCUCACGGCAAAAACAAAAUACCUCGCGGCAAAACCGAAAACCUCAUGGCAAAAACAAAAACCUCACGGCAAAACCGAAAACCUCACGGCAAAAACAAAAUACCUCACGACAAAACCAAAAACCUCACGGCAAAACCAAAUACUCCACAGCAAAAGCCAAAUAUCUCACGGCUAAAGCAAAUACCCAAGGCAAAACCAAAGCUAUUUUGUUUUUGCUGUGAAGUAUUUGGUUUUGCCGUGAUGUUUUUGUUUUUGCCGUGAGGUUUUCGGUUUUGCCGUGACAGUUGUGGGCCACCAUAGAUUGUAGCUCCUUGAUCGCGGACCCAGGGUACUUUUCCACUAUGGCAAAAUGAUCGUAAAUUUCGGUUGAGAAAUAAACAGAACGCUUGAAUGGUACGCUUGGAAACCGCCGCCUGGUCCUCUUUGACCGGCCUGUCCAGUUUGACCGAAACUUGCCGUUACAUUUCCAAAAAUUCUUGUUUCUAGUCCUACUUUGCCAAAAAGUGUUCAAAGUUCGGUCGAAACGCAAAUGGAUCGCUUUGAUUCUAUUGGAAACUUUGUUUCAAUCGAACAAUGUCUUUCCAUUUUCUCUUGAUAAUUCCACUGGUUUCUGUCUGUUUGGAAAGCACCCCACCUUUUCCAGAUCAAAAGUUCUGUUAAAUUAUUAUUUCAGAGCUCUUAAAUAACAGUUAAAAAUAUCAGGGAGGGACACAGCGGCUAAAAUCAAAUCCGUGAAUCCUGAAAAUAUGUUACUCAUAUUUAUUGACUUCAUCUGCUUGUUGUUGUGUUUGCAGUUCCAACUUUUUCUGGGUUUCUUAAAGAAGUAGAAUCCCCAUACGAGGUACGUAAUUCCCCCUUACAUUUGAAACUAUUUCCUCGUGAAGCUAUCUUUCCUUACUGAUAACCGCUACAUCUUCGAACUUUUCCUUUGUUUCUCCAGGUGUAUGAUUACGUCAAGCAAUAUUUGGGGGACAGUCGUGAAACGAGAGAAUUUGCGCGAGAAUUUAUCGAGAAGAGGAAGAAGCAGAGAGAAAAAGCGCCUGUUUCUGUUUCGAACUUUCCUCAAGUAAGUUUGAACCAGGUUCGAACCGCAGAGCGACGCACGCGAACGUUCAAACCAUUUUUAUCUGAUCCGCUGUGUCCGUCGUAUCAUUUUUUGAGGAAAUUUCUUAUGUUGUCCACAUCUAUGCAACGUGAGUACGUGUCUGGAAACGGGUAAAAGCGGAACAAACUGUAACCAAUAGGCCUUCACUCUGAAAUAAGCCCUCCCCCCUCCUCAAAAAUGACUGAAACAAUAAGCCACUCAGGCGCGGAUCUAGCUAGACCGAUUUUCUAAACGAGCCCCGAAAAUGCAAGCUUCUAUUGGGGUCCGGGAGCGUGCUCCCUAGGACAAUUUUUUGGAUUUUAACUCCCUAAAAUCGCCUUUCCUGAAUUUCUGAGUCAUUCAUACAGGAUAUUGGCCAGAUUUCAACUUGGAAAGUUAAUUUUAUAUAUUAGGAAUAUAAUUAUUAUGAAAAUCUGACCGAUUUCCGUAAAACGGUGGAAAACGGUGUGGAUCUGUCGCGCCUGCCACUGGGGUGUCAUUGGAGAGAUAGAGGCAUGCGUGAUUGACGUCCUUCCUCUUUGCCCACUACCACUAGUGACACGAUCAAGGCUAAAAGGCCACCACCAUUACCCUGAACCAACCCCUCCCCCGGGGGGGUGGGGGGGCACCGAAGGGAAGUUUGGGUAGAGUUGUUCCGCCGAGGCCUUCAAACCCUGAUCCUGUGUAAGACAAAUAUUGUUCAUUUCGUUGCCCUGUUUAAGGCGAUACACUAUUGCUCAUUGAAUGACCUUGAUUUAUUCGCAUUUCGCAUUCAAAAUUAAGUUAUUAUUAUUAUAGGAUUAUAUAUUUUUAUUGGAGAAAGUUGUUGGGUACCACAAGAAUAGACUGUUCAUCGCCAACCUUCGCUCUCUUUUAAAGGCUUACGGUCCAAAAAGGUACCCUGUUUAAGACUUAAGACUCUGAAAACUAUUCCCUGUUCAGCGGCACAUAGGGAGUGCCCCCUGGGGAAGCAAACCCCCUUUGUGUAUUUACCGGUUUUUGUGUUGUUCUUUCCUCGCAGGCAAGCGUGUGGGAGGCUCCUGUACCUCGUGACCCACCCAUGGGGGGUCUCCGAAAACCAUUCCCUGUUCAGCGGCACAUAGGGAGUGCCCCCCGGGGAAGCAAACCCGCUUUACGUAUUUACCGGUUUUUGUGUUGUUUGUUUCUCGCAGGCAAGCGUGUGGGGGGCUCCUGUACCUCGCGGCCCACCCAUGGGGAGACACACAGAUAUGAAUCAAUCAGGUGCAUUCUUAUCAGGACCGGUCCAAGAAGACUCUCAAGAUGCAAUGAAUAAAAAGAAGCGAAAGAAGAAGAUGCAAAAAGUCGAUCCCAGUAUUUUGGGAUUCAGUGUGAAUGCAGCGGACCGUGUGAACAUGGGAGAAAUACAAACUGUCGAGGACUAAGAAGAUCUAAGAAAGAGACUUGGACAAAUAUAAUGUCGGGCGAAUAAGCCCCGCCUGAACAUUCCUAUAGAAACAAAAUUGUUUUAUAUCGCAAAUCGAACUCUCUUUCUUCGCAAGGGCUUUUCGCUUGUCACGCAAUCCUCAUGGACAGGAUUGCGUGACGAGUCAAAAGAACGUCUGCGUAGGAAGCUGAGAGGAAAUUGCAUUUAGUGAAUUUUACGAGGUAACCGUGGCGAGUGAGCGAUGGAGAAACAUGGCGAUUGUACAGACUGUAAAUGGCGAUCAGCAGCGUUAAACCUUGAAAUAUAACUCAGGAGGUUUUCUUUGAGAUGCUUCGUGUUGAACAACGACGUAAUUCCUUCUUCCAGAGAUGAUUAUUAUGUUUCGCGGAAAUACCGCUUGC